AUGUGGACCACGAUGCUCGUGUGGACGGCCGCCGUCGUGCUUCUGCCAGCACCCCGAGCGGUAAAUGCCUCUGGGGUGUUCGAGUUGAGGCUGAAGUCAUUCGUGAACGAGUAUGGAAAAGACAGUCUGGGCAAGUGCUGUUCAGGCAGCACUUCCAAGACCGGCGAGUGCUCGGGCGUCUGUAAGACCAGGUUCAGGGUCUGCUUGAAACAAUAUCAAGUGAAGAUUGACACGACGACGCCGUGCACGUAUGGCGACGUUGUCACACCCGUUCUAGGCGAGAACAUUGUUAAUCUGAGCCCGAACGUCGCCAUGCCGAGCUUCACUAAUCCCAUCAGAUUCCCGUUCGAGUUCACGUGGCCGGGCACAUUCUCGCUGAUAGUGGAGGCUUAUCACGACGCAGACAACACGACACACCACUCAGCCGAGAAAGUGUUGAUAACGAGGUUAACAACGCAAAAAUGGCUGGACGUGGGUCUGCACUGGACGGAGGACGAGUACAGAAGCGCGCACGCGAAGAUGGUCUACGAAUACAGGGUAACGUGCGUGGCACACUAUUACGGAAAGGGCUGCGAGAACCUGUGUCGGCCGAGGGACGACAGCUUCGGUCAUUACAGCUGCAGCCCGACCGGAGAGCGCGUCUGCCUCUCUGGAUGGAAGGGUGACUACUGCGCUACCCCCCGCUGCCUGCCCGGAUGCGACGAGCAGCACGGACACUGUGGUCGACCCGACGAAUGCAUAUGCCACAAUGGUUGGAAGGGAGCGUACUGCGAUCAAUGCGUCCGCUAUCCUGGCUGCCUUCACGGUACCUGCCAGAAACCCUGGGAGUGCCUCUGCGACGAAGGCUGGGGCGGACUGUUCUGCAACCAAGACUUGAACUACUGCACGAAUCACAAGCCCUGCCUGAAUGGCGGCACCUGCUUUAACACCUUUAACGGGCAGGGUUUGUACACCUGCUCAUGUGCGCCUGGCUUCAACGGCACCAACUGCGAGAAACCUCUUUUGGAUUGUGACUCGAACCCCUGCCUGAAUGGUGGAUCGUGCGCCAUGGAGACGUCAUACACGAACUCGACUGCUCUGGCCCUUUCAAAAUCAUCCAUGGACUCCUCGUCGUCCUCUGUGUCCACCUCGUCAUCAUCCAGGCAUUAUCGUUGCACCUGUCCACCCGGUUGGCGUGGCCGCCACUGUGAGAUCACCUCGAGAUCAUGUCGAGACUCCCCGUGCCACCAUGGAGCCAUCUGCGAGGAUGAUUCUCUUCAUGGUUACGUGUGUCGUUGUCUACCAGGCUACACAGGCAACGAUUGUGAAUCUCAGCUCGACCAGUGUGCACCGAAUCCAUGCUCCAACGGUGGCAGUUGUACGGAUCUUGGCAACAGCUUCAGAUGUACUUGCCCAGCUGGUUUCACUGGUGAACGGUGUGAGACUAAUAUAGACGAUUGUCAAGGAGAUCCUUGUUUAAAUGGAGGGACCUGCGUGGAUCAAGUUAAUCAGUUCCGUUGUCAGUGUGUGCCUGGUUUCGUCGGUAGGCUAUGUCAGGAUAAAGUGGACUACUGUCUCACCAAACCCUGUGCAAACGGAGGAAGGUGUAUCUCUGGAACGAACGACUACAGGUGUGCUUGCAUGCCAGGCUUCACCGGUAAAGAUUGUAGCGUGGACGUGGACGAGUGCAGGAGUGCACCUUGCAGAAACGGAGGCACUUGUCUGAACAGAGUGAACGGUUUUCUCUGCCAGUGUUCCAAUGGUUGGCAUGGAGAUACAUGUUCAGAGGAAGUAGGAAGUGGUGCAGCUAUUCUUCCAACUGCUGUAGUUUCUACCAAUUCUCUAUCUAACACAGCAACAGCGGUUCCAGGAGUACCACCAUCAGGAGCUAGUUACUUGUCAGGGAACCUCUCCAGGCAUAUAGCCUCCGCUUCCGCUGAGCCUAGGGAUGCAGGAUUGACCACGGAACAUGUUGUAGUUAUAGCUACGUUAUCUACAGCUGUACCAGCGUUUGUGUUAGUAGCAGCGGUAGCAGUGAUGUGUAUGAAGAGGCGACAGAAAAGGGAACAAGCGAAGGCUGACGAAGAGGCCAGGCUACAGAAUGAAAGGAAUGCUGUGCACAGUAGUAUGAGCAAGAGGAGCGGUGGAGUAAUGGGCGGUGUUGGCGGUGGACCAGGAGUUGGCUCUACCGGUAGCACAGGGGUUGGAAUUGGUAACGUUGGUCUGCUUGGAGGCGGUGGAAGCGGUAUGAUCAGCGGUGGUGGCGGUGGAAGCGUGUGCACCCUUGGCACAGGGGAUGCUCAUAUGAUCAAGAACACAUGGACGGCGAACAAGAGCGUGAACAACGCCGCGUCCGCCAGACAGGACGACCUCGACUCGUCGUUUCAAACGGACGUCACGCUGGACAGCUCUUGCUCGGGUUACAAGCCAGAACCGGUGCUGCAGGACGGCCGAACGCGGACCACGAAGCAACUGAACACGGAGGCGGCAGCUCACAGGGCGUCCCACCUUUUCCAGAAGGAGAAGGACUGCCUGGGCCUAGGGCUGGGCAUAGGCGUCGGCGUUGGUGUACUGGAGACCGCGAAAAGGUCGUCGGUAUUCGCGGGAAACACGACGACGGACAGCUGUUGCGCGGCGGAGGCGGCGUUGCUCAAGAGGCCACCGACCACCAUCACGGAGGGAGGCAACGGUCCUCCCGGAAGCGGCGGCGGUGGAGGAGCGGAGUCUGGCUGCGGGGUGUACGUUAUAGACGAUCACUAUAGGCACGACGCGUCGCUUGCGGCGACGCUCGCGACGGAAGUGUAG